GUUUUUGUUUCCUAUGUUGGCACGACCGUGUUUGAACAGAGGGGAGGGGGAAGUGGUACUCGGGCAGAACAACUGAACAUCGUCUCAAAAUAUUGAUGACAGCUUAAGAAGAUAUUGUUACUAUGGUCUGUCACUGUUUGUUCAAAUAUUGUUUUUAUUUUUGUUGCAGAAUAGAAAAUGAACUUGAAUAAGUUCCAAACAUCUCCACCAAGGAGCCCCACUCUUUCUACCAGCAGCUUCCGAGCCGGCUCCCCUCUCCCUGCCCCUGCUGUAUAUCGUCAAGAUUGUAUGUCGGCCGCAGCCAAAAGAUAUAAGUAUCUGAGGAGACUUGUUAAGUUUCAGCAGAUGGAUUUUGAAUUUGCCCUGUGGCAAAUGUGGUAUUUGUUUGUAGCACCUCAAAAAGUAUACAGAAAUUUUCAUUACAGAAAAGAAACAAAAUCGCAGUUUGCAAGAGAUGAUCCUGCAUUUUUGGUUCUGUUUUGUUUGUUUCUUUGUGUAUCAUCUAUGUGGUUCACAUAUGGUGUUUUGGGACUCCUCUUAAAAGAUUUUUUCAAACUUCUACUUUAUGUUAUAUUUGUUGAUUGCAUUGGAGUUGGUCUUAUCACUGCUACUUUUUUCUGGUUUGUCACCAACCGUUAUUUACGAAGAGAUUCUUGUGAAGACCAAGACGUUGAAUGGGGCUAUGCAUUUGAUGUCCAUCUCAAUGCGUUCUUCCCCCUCCUGGUCAUAUUGCAUGGCUUCCAGCUUUUUUUACUUCUUGCUCCAUUUAGCGGAGAAUUAUUCAUAAUGCGCUUCUUGUGCAAUACAUUAUGGCUCAUAGCCUUGGGCUAUUAUAUUUAUAUUAAUUUCCUGGGAUACAGUUGUUUGCCAAUACUACAUAAAACCCAUGUUUUACUGUAUCCAAUGACAGCUUUAUUUGUUGUUUAUGUUGUUUCCAUCACCAUUGGAUGGAACAUGUCCACCUCUUUCAUAAAUUUCUACAAAGCCCGCGUAUAAUAGGUUUGUGGUACUUAGGAAAACCCAGUCUAUUGUAUUAACUUAUUCCCCUGCUGAUUAUCAGGUUAGCUUUUUUUUUCAACGUUUAAAUUUAAGUGUUUAAAAAUGAACCCGUACUUUUAGUAGUCUAUCAAGUACUCACCACCUCAAUGUCUUGGUGGUAUUUGCCAAGUUUGUCUCUACUUUUACUACCUACAUUACAUGUUAUCUAGUAUUUUAUACCAUAUUAGCUUCACACUACGGCGAAUGAGGUUUGGAGCUUCUCCUCAGUGCUUGACAUACUGUUGUACUGCGUUACUCUGAAAUCAACAUUAAAUCAAACCGUUUUAGUAGACCAUAAA